GGGAGGCUCCCGCAGGGCCCCCGGGCACCCCGGGGCGGGUUCGGUGCUCGGAGCCCGUGCAACCGGUACCGGGGCUGGCAGCGGGGACCGCGGGGGGAAACGGCGGCGCCUCUCCCCGCCGCCAGGGGGCGCCGCAGCCCCGCGCCCGGACGCCAGGGGGCAGCAGCGGGGAGGGGCGGGGCCUCCCGGCGCGGGCGCAGUGCGCAGAGCGGCGGCACCGGGACGGCACCGGGGGGACGCCGCGGGGCACUAUGGCCGUAGGCACGGGCACGUCGCUGGCGCUGUCGUCGCUGCUGUCGCUGCUGCUGUUCGCCGGGAUGCAGAUGUACAGCCGGCAGCUCGCCUCCACCGAGUGGCUGACGAUCCAGGGCGGGCUGCUGGGCUCCGCGCUCUUCGUCUGCUCCCUCACAGCCUUCAACAACCUCGAGAACCUCGUGUUCGGCAAGGGCUUCCAGGCCAAGAUAUUCCCGGAGAUCCUCACCUGCCUCUUGCUGGCUCUCUUUGCCUCCGGCCUCAUUCACCGUGUCUGUGUGACCACUUGCCUCAUCUUCUCCAUGGUCGGCCUCUACUACAUCAACAAGAUCUCCUCCACUCUCUACCAGUCCGCAGCGCCCAUCGCUGCCCCCGCCAAGGCCGUCGGCAAAGGCAGGAAGAGGAAUUGAUGUCCUGCAGCCCCCUCCCCUCCCCGCCGGGCCCAAUAAAGCCAUUUCUUUGUA